AUGGCGCGUGGCUUCUUAUUGGCUUUGAUCGCCGCUGUGCUCUGUUUUGAAGCUGCCGCUGCCGGUGAAUUUAACUACGGCGAUGCUCUGGAUUUGAGUUUCUUGUACAUGGAGGCGCAAAGGUCCGGUAAACUUCCGGCGGACCGCCGUGUUAAGUGGCGGGGGGACUCUGGCCUUAAGGAUGGUUUUGCACAAGGAGUGAAUUUAGUGGGAGGGUACUACGAUGCGGGAGACAACGUGAAGUUCGGGCUACCAAUGGCAUUCGUGACAACAAUUCUUUCAUGGGGAGUCAUUGAUUUCAACAAGGAAAUUACACAUCUCAACCAUAUAGACAACGCUUUGAAGGCUAUUAAAUGGGCUACUGAUUACUUGAUCAAGGCCCACCCUCAGCCCAACGUUCUUUGGGGACAGGUCGGCGAUGGCGCCUCCGAUCACUUCUGCUGGGAGCGGCCCGAGGAUAUGAGCACUCCUCGGACCGCUUUCAAGAUCGAUGAGUCCCAUCCUGGCUCCGACCUCGCCGGCGAAACCUCCGCCGCUUUGGCUGCCGCUUCCAUUGCUUUCAAGACGUACAACUCUUCUUAUUCUGAUCUCUUGUUGGUUCAUGCUAAGGAGUUGUUCACAUUUGCAGACACAUUUAGAGGUGUAUACGAUGAUUCUAUUCCAUGUGCUUCAGGGUUCUACACUUCAUCAGGAUAUUGGGAUGAACUGCUGUGGGCGGCGGCGUGGUUGUUCAGAGCUACCGGAGACGAAUAUUACUUGAAGUACACGGUAGAUAAAGCGGUGUCGUUUGGUGGAACUGGAUGGGCAAUGAAAGAGUUCUCUUGGGAUAACAAAUAUGCCGGCGUUCAAGUUCUUUUAACUAAGGUGCUGUUGGAAGGACGGGGCGGUGGUUAUGAGUCAACGUUGAGGCAAUAUCAGGCGAAAGCUGACUAUUUUGCUUGUGCCUGUCUUCAGAAGAAUGAUGGAUUCAACAUCAAUAAAACUCCUGGCGGAUUGAUGUACGCCCACCAAUGGAACAAUAUGCAAUACGUCUCCGCCGCCUCAUUCCUCAUGGCCGUCUACUCCGACUACCUCUCCGAUGCCAACGCGAAGCUCACUUGUCCCGACGGCGUCUUCCAGCCUAAAGAUCUCCUCAACUUCGCUCAAUCCCAAAUCGAUUACAUCCUCGGCAAAAACCCUAACUCCCUCAGCUAUUUAAUUGGCUACGGUUCCAAAUUCCCCCAAAAACUCCACCACAGAGCCUCUUCCAUCGCUUCAAUUUUCACUAAUCCCUCUCCAAUCGGCUGCGUUCAAGGCUUCGAUUUCUGGUACCAUCGCCCUCAAGGAAACCCUAACAUUCUUCUCGGCGCUCUCGUCGGCGGUCCCGACAAGAACGACAGAUUUGAUGACGAUCGAUCCGAUUAUGAACAGUCUGAGCCUACUCUUACCGCUUGUGCUCCUCUGAUUGGUCUCUUCUCCAAGUUGCAGAGCUCCGUCAAUGGUGAUUCCAUUCCUGGAUCACGGGGAAAUAAGCCGCCGGUGAAACCUGAAAAUGAAUCCCAUGACGGGAAUGCCCCUGUAUCUGCAGGGAGCCCAGUGGAGUUCAUCCACACAAUAACGAGUACAUGGACGGUAAACAAGGAAAGUUAUUACAGGCACCAAGUGAAGAUCAAGAACAUAUCAGGAAAGUCAAUCAACAAUUUAAGACUCCAGCUCGAAAAUCUCUCAGGUCCCAUUUGGGGACUCUCUCCAACAGAACAUAAAGGGAUUUACGAACUUCCAACGUGGCUAAGAGUGCUUCAACCUGGCUCUGAAUGUGUUUUUAUCUACAUUCAGGAAGGUCCUCAGGCCAAAGUCACUGUUUCUAGCUACCAUUAACAAACACUCUAUUUCCUUCCAAGCAGGUUUGGUUUCGUGUUGGUUUAGAAUAACUUUCUAAACACUUACAAAAGUGGUUUGAAACCCGUUUUUAGAAAGUUAAUCUAAACAAAUUCUUCAUCAACGAGAUGUGUUUCUUAAUUUCUUUUCUCUUUUCAUUUUUUUCUUGUGGAAAAAUGAGAAGAAUUUGAAUGUAGAGAGUUUCAUGUAAUAUAAAAGAGAGAGAUGUUUUUUGAUUUGUUAUACUUUGAGUUGAUUUGAGGGAGAAACAUGAUUUGGCUCUCCAUAUAAGAUGGAUCA